UACCUAAUCUAUAACAUUUACAAAUUUUAAUCGAACCUUAUAUACACUUAAAGAUGAUAGACAUUUAAAGAAAAGUUGACUUAAGCAUUCCCUCAUUAUCCUGCUGAACUCUCAACUGAACUCUAAUCUGUUGAUGUAAUGAAUGAUGUAAUCAUGAUUCUAAGGAUUUCAAAUCUAAACACACUACAAGUAAGCAAAAUGGUUGGAUUUGUAGUAAGGUUACUGGUUUUAAUGUCACUGUUUUGUGGAGGAUUAAGUUGUUACAAGUGCUUCAUAGAUCCUGAUGACAGUGUCCGUCUAUGCUGGGGUCACAUACUCAGUGAACAUAACAUUCGUAACAUUGAUGCCUGCUUCAAAACACUGGAUAGAAUAUUCAACAACAAUCCAAACGUAAUCAUGGCAGGUAAAGUAGGGAGAGGCUAUGAUAGAGUACUAAAGGAGCUUAUGAGGUCUGAAAUCAUGCAUAUUGUGGAAGAAUUUGACCAUAAUUUGAAUAAUGACACAGUGUAUGAAGUUAGGUUACAAGCUGCUGCGGACACUUUCAUCACAAUGGCCUCUGGUCUGCCUAGAGCUUCUGGAUGUUUCCCCCCUUGCGGUUUUCAGGCUCAUGGCACUGUCUAUAACUGCAUGACUUGUCAGUAUGACUCCUGUGAAUUCCCCCUGGAUUGCCCCUUGCAGGAAAUCACUGUGGAGGAAUACAACAGAAAUCAGAUGUGGUGUCAUGUGCCAUUUGUUUUGCCAAGUGACAUACAGAUCGUUUGGAGGUAUGCAGAGAUCAAGACAAUGUUGAUAGAUCGAUUUAAGGAGGUGACAGCUGGCACGGAUAAGCUCUUCUCCAUACCAUCGGCUCGUCUGGAGCACUCGGGCACAUAUCAGUGUGAGAUCUUUUCUCAGGAGCGCUCACUGGUCCGCAUCUAUUAUCAUCUCACAGUUGUUGCUAAUGAGGAAGUUGGUCAUGCAGAACUGCAGGAUGUGUUUGAUCAAGCUCUUCUACCAGCUGGACAGUUUCGAGUUUUGCCCACUUUACCUCCAUUUUCACUGUUAAAGCUACCUAGUAAUGUUCUCCUCACCGUCAGUCUGACAUCACUGCUAUUGCUGCUCUUCCUCACUAUAGGGUUGCUGCACUGGUGGCCUUCUAAGAAAAUGGACCGGGAAACUGAGCAAGAACAGGAACGACAUCUGUAUAGAUUUCAAAUUGCUUGAACAAGACCACCAAAAAAAGUUUUAGUAAAAUGCUACUGAAAUGGCCUGUAAUUGCUUUUGUUCACCAUAAGAGGAUGCCAAUGCCCCGGACUGGCUUCUUAAAUAACUGAUAAAUUCGACUAAAUGUCAUGACAAAUUUGUUUUCAAUUAAAUGUAAAUCAUUUAAUAGAAGAGAAAACUUCAUUUCCAAGUGUUAAUUACUCACAUUGUACUGUCAGAAAAAUCUUUCCUUGUCUUUUAGAUGGUACCUUAAUCUAUUUCUUUUAAUAUGUAAAAUAAUAUAUAGAGAACUUUGAAUAAGUAUGCUACUUUCUGAAUUUAAGUCUUUCUUCUUUUGUCUGUGAAUGUAUUCGUAUGUAAUUUUUACAAAGCCAGAAUAAAUUAAAUUUGUUUCAGUCUUAA